AUGGGAGACCGACCGGCCAUCUAUGUCCACUUAGAAAUGGGCUUAUCGCUGCCCAGGAUCAUGUCCAAAGACCGACACAUCACUUACAUCUCCAAGAGCAUGCGCGACCGAGCCAACCAGUUUCCCCGGCAAUUGCCUCCUCCAAACACCAACUACCUCACCGCUCCCCAGCAGCUUUCAACUCAGACUCAACCGGCUCAAGACCGAUUACAACAUCAGUUCGCUUACCACGCCAACAACUUUUCUUCCAAUGUUCAAAGCGGAGAGCACUUAUCAGCAGGAGUAGCUGACGGCCAGACGUAUCAGCCAUAUCGCCCCCAGCAAGCACAACACCAUAUCAGAGAGUACUAUGCUCCUGCCAUGACAGCACAGCAACAACAAGGCUCACUGCAGCCGGAGGAGAUUCGACGGAGCUCGAGGUCGACAAGCCGAGGUUCCCACGAGCGCGGCAAAUCUGCACCCCCUCCGUUAAAUAGUAGUCCUUGGGACAUAAGCCCCUCCAACGCUCUAGAGGGUGAACCCCAACUUUGGAAAGCUCUUCCUGCAACCCCUAACCAGUUUCGACUCGGCGAAGGUGAUAUGCCGUGGGAUUCAUGGACCUUCCCCAUGGGCUUCAACGACAACAACGAUGAAGAGGGUCACGACGAAGGGAGCGAAGGCCGCACACGUUCGCGUGAGGCUAGUCUUCGAGCAACAUGGGGACCUGAAUUUCCUGGCGAACUCUCACGUCCCGUUCAGACGGCACAAGUAGACGACCGGGCAAGGGGGAAAGCCAAGGAUAUACAAUCUCUGGCCUCAGCUUUAAUGACGGUCGACAAUGGCUUCGAGGAUCAGUGGUGGUAUCAGGGCCCUCGAUUAGUCAACAUUUACGGAAAUGUUAUGGUGCCAACAGCGGUACCAAAGUCCAGCUUUCACCCCGACCACCAGCAAAGCUCUGUGGGAUGGGCGGUAUCGCAUGAGGAGGCGCAGCGCCAAAAAGACCAGAACGAGCAAUACCAACUACAACAGAAGCGUCAAGAGCAACAGCCGCGACGGCAACGACAUCUAUCACUUCAAGAACAGCAGCUUGCCUCGUUUGUGCCAUCCAGCGCCUCUUUCCAACCUGUUUCUCCCCACUCGGGCACAGGAACCGGGGAUAUCGUGUCGCCUAUGAGCGACUACCCCAGCCCGUUGUCGAGCUAUGGUGGCUUGCGACGCUCUCUUACCACACGGUCUGACGAACUUCACCUAUAA